AUGAAAAUGCUAAAGCAGAAAGCCUUGCUCAGUACUUUGCGAGCGUUUUUUCAAAAGUUAGCUUCAAUGAUCAAUGCCCAUAUGUCACGCAAUUGUCCUGAUAUCUACUUCUCCCCCCACAUGAGGUCGUGUAGAAAAUUAUUUUUUUACAAAAUUUUGAAAUGGUUCGACAAGUUUCAUUUGAUCCCUGCCGAGCAACAUGGGUUUAUACCUGGUGCAUCAACAUGCACGAACAUGAUUGAAACACUCUACGACUUAUGUAAAGCUGUCAAUGAUGAUAUUCCCCUCAAUGUGUCCAAAUGCAAAACGAUGCAAAUAGGAUACAAUGGGGCAGACGAAUACAGAGCAAACGGUUCCACUCUUUCUUCUUGUGAGUUACUCAGAGAUUUGGGAGUGAUUUUCACAUCUAUCUCAAGAUUCUCCAAUCAUAUUGAUCUUCUUGUAAAAAUUCACGCCACAUUUUACAUGAUUUUUAGGAAUGUCCGCUGUUCAGAUCCUGCUAUACUUCUGCGCCUUUACAAAUCUUACGUUUUGCCACACCUCGAAUACUGCUCUCAAUUCAUUCGUCGUUUAUGGUACAGAACCCGCACAAACCCUCAACGCUCUGAUCUCUCAUCAUAUAUAGAUCGUUUGAGAAACUAUUCUCUGAAGUCGUUGCAGUAUAGGCGCACGAUUUCAGACUUAGUCCUAUGUUUCCGCAUACUUCGUAGAGACAUCAAAUUACCUACUGGUGGAUUCUGGAUAUUCAGACCAACAGCGAGCGAAUAG